GCUAACCACAGCUAGGACUUCCAACUGUUUAUUAUCAUAUUAUUGUGAAAUUAAUUCAGUCGCCCAAGGAAAUCUCAAAAAUCGUCUACGCACAAAGAUAAUAUGGAAAGGAACGGUGGUGACAACAAUGAAAAUGCUGCAGCCAGCUAUGAGGAAGCAAAAAAGUUGGCAGAUGAUAUAAUGGCCAAGAUCAAGUGUCGGCCAGUGGUGGGAAUCAUUUGUGGAUCAGGGCUGGGAGAACUAGCCAACAUGGUAAAGGACACUGAGAUCAUGGGGUAUGAAGAAAUACCAGGGUUCCCUGUCAGUACAGUACCAGGGCAUGCAGGAAAGUUGGUAUUUGGACAGCUUGGAGGCAAGCCUGUGGUCCUGAUGAAGGGGCGUGUACAUUUCUAUGAAGGAAUCACUAUACAAAAGACUGCCCUUCCUAUCAGGAUGAUGAAGCUGAUGGGUGUGAAGAUUCUAAUUGUUACUAACGCAGCUGGCGGAAUUAAUCAGUCAUACGAGAUAGGAGACCUAAUGAUUAUAAAGGACCACAUCAAUAUGCCCGGAUUUGCUGGCAUGAACCCACUACAUGGACAGAAUGAUGAAAGGUUUGGUCCCCGUUUUCCGGCCAUUUCUAAAGCAUACACCAAGCGCCUACGUGACCAUGCCAAGGCUACAGCUAAGUCGAUUGGAUUUGAAGGUUUCAACAUUCAUGAGGGAGUGUACUGCAUGCUUGCUGGACCCUCCUUUGAGACUGUCACAGAGUGCAAAUUUCUCAGUAUGAUCGGGGUGGAUGUCACAGGAAUGAGUACUUGUCCUGAGGUGAUUGUAGCAGCCCACUGUGGAAUGGAGGUGUUUGGGAUGUCACUAGUCACCAACAAAGUUGUGAUGGAAUACGACGCGGAUCAGGUCGCCAACCACGAAGAGGUGUUGGAGACUGGAGCCUUACGUAGCAAGGACUUACAAAAACUUGUUGCAGCCAUGCUGGAGACUCUGCAGAUUUAAUCUCAUAAAUGUUAGGUACAUGUAUAACAUUAAAAUCCUGGAGUGUUCAACACCCUACAUCAUGGAAUUGUGGAAUAUGAGAAUAGUUAGAUAUAAAAACAUUUGUAAAGUACCUGUUUUGUGAAUGGUGUAUUAAAUUUAAGAUCAAAACUCAUUGUUUUAUGACAGAUUUUUAGUGCAUCAGUAAUACAGAUGUGGUGAUGAAUGUAGAAUUAAUGAACCAUACAUGGGUCAUUACUUUGUAUGAGAUCUUUGUUACUAUCAUUAAUACGUCCAAAAUUAUUGAUACCGGUAUUUGAAAGUGCUUUUAUUGGUGAAAGUCAUCGACCAGUGGAAGUAACACUGGUGAUGUUGGGAGGUGAAUCAUGGAUAUACGUCAAGCCCCAGUGCUUACUGUAAAUGUACAAGUUUUGGUGUUGAUCUUAUUUUAGUGCGCUGAAUGUUUUCUGCUAAAUUAGGAUUGUGCUAAUUGCAGUUUCAGUUAAUUAUCUUAUGACCAGCAUUAAUAUUGUAGGUGCUGACAAUUAAUUACUGUGCUAAUCUGUUUAAGUUAUACACUAAAAUUUGAGUUCACCAAAAUAAAUGCAUUUACAGUAUUUUGUGAUGGUUAUGGUAACCUCUUAUAUAUUGAAUUUUUCAGAUUUUAAUCAUUUAGAAAAUAAUGACAAUUUGAAAUCAUCUGUAGUUUAUCCAAUGUUCAAUUGUCUGUGUUUAGGACAUGAAUGAUGUUUUAUGUGGUGUUGUAGCAUCGUUUUUUUUUUUACUCAAUACACUGAGAUAGUUGCUUUUAAUUGCCUGAAUUAAUUUAUUUUCAAAUAUCCAUGUACUACUCUUUAUCUCUCAAAUAUCCAUGUACUACUCUUUAUCUCUCAAGCUUAUAUGUUGAUACUCAAUAUUUUCAGCCAGGGAGAGUUAUUUUACAAUUGUUUUAUAAAAAUAGAUUACGUGGUUAACAUUUGAUACAAUUUUCUGUUAAUGUUAGUUAUCUGAUUAUGGUAUUGGUGAACAAUUACAAGCAGUGCUUCAGUUAUUGUCCAUCUAUUAACAACUUCCAAUUAUUUCAUCUUUUUUAUAGCUCACUUGCCUGAAAGUAUAGGUGUUCUUGGUUUGUCCUUCCAGUAUCAAGCUGUUUAUUAAAUUACUUAUGAAUAACCAAGUUAUCUAUCUAGAAUCAUGUUAUAUUAGUUCACUAGCAUACUGGAAUGAAGGGCCGUCAUUUUGUUCAAAUGAAUUAGAAUAAUAACCUUGACUUAUUUUCAAGAUAGCAUGGAUCAAGUGUGUUCAAAUAUUGAAAAGCUGUUGAAUAACUGUCAGUAUAUAGAUUACCAUGGAUACCGUCACAGUAAUAAAAUAAAGUAAUUCAUCUGCAACAAAAGGUAUAAAAUCUAUGAAUAUGACACAUAUCAAAGCUGUUGAUCUAAAAACAUGUUAUGGUAGCAUAUGUUUUUAUCAUCAGUAUGAAAAUCCUCAGUCAAUUGGCUGUUUUCAGUCAUUUUGACUCCCACAAAAUAGCUAAUUCCAUAUAAGUAUAUAAAAAAGUGAAUUUCAGCCUUUCUGAAGAUUUUCCAUUUUCUUCACUGGAUAUAUUUGAAUGUGACCUACUUUGAUGUUUACAUUAGUAAAUAAAUAGCAGGUGAAGUACUGGCCCAUUGGUUCUUUUGUAAGAUAGUGUAUUUUUUUUAUAGGAAACUGGAAUAAUCCUGACAGCUAGCUCCAUUAAUUUGACAGACUUAAGAAUCUGACACAUCUACAUUCAUUUGUUCAACUUUGUAAGAAAUAUAUGACCUUUUAUGUGGGUACAUUAUAUACCUUGGUCAUGUUAAAUAUGAUCACAUGUAUGUUGUAGGUAAUAGUAUAUUAUAUGUCACUUGAGAAUGACUGAUCAGCGUGACUUGUCAUGUGAAAAGAUGGUGAUCGGUGUCAGUCACAUUAUUAUUUCCUAUA